AGCGAGCUGUUCUGUCGUCUGAUAACAUGUGCCACAUGAUCACUGAGUAUCGUUGCGGCUCACGUGUAGACCAUUACGUCCCAGUGAGAACGAUACUACUUGACUUUACUACUUUUAUUUGAUAACAUUUAUUACCAAGCAGCAUAAUGAGGGAAUGUAUCAGCAUCCAUGUCGGCCAGGCGGGAGUGCAGAUGGGCAAUGCAUGCUGGGAGCUGUACUGCCUGGAGCACGGGAUCCAGCCUGACGGACAGAUGCCGUCAGACAAGUGCGUGGGGUCCUCGGACGACUCCUUCAACACCUUCUUCAGCGAGACAGGGGCGGGCAAACACGUGCCCAGGGCCGUCUUCGUCGACCUCGAACCUACUGUUGUUGACGAGGUCCGCCUGGGUACCUAUCGCCAGCUGUUUCACCCUGAACAGCUGAUAACGGGCAAGGAGGACGCAGCUAACAACUAUGCCCGUGGUCACUACACCAUCGGUAAGGAGAUCAUUGACCUCGUCCUGGACAGGAUUCGCAAGUUGGCCGACCAGUGCACCGGUCUCCAGGGAUUCCUCAUCUUCCACAGCUUCGGAGGAGGAACUGGAUCAGGAUUCACGUCCUUGCUCAUGGAGCGUCUGUCGGUGGAUUACGGGAAGAAAUCCAAGCUGGAGUUUUCGAUCUACCCAGCUCCUCAGAUAUCAACUGCCGUGGUGGAGCCUUACAAUUCCAUCCUGACCACUCACACGACUCUAGAACACUCUGACUGCGCCUUCAUGGUCGACAAUGAAGCUAUCUACGACAUCUGCCAGAGGAACCUCGAUAUAGAAAGGCCAUCUUACACAAAUCUGAACAGGUUGAUCAGCCAGAUCGUCAGCUCCAUCACAGCUUCGCUGCGGUUCGACGGAGCACUCAAUGUGGAUUUAACCGAGUUCCAGACCAACUUGGUCCCUUACCCUCGCAUCCACUUCCCUCUGGCAACCUACGCUCCUGUAAUCUCAGCCGAGAAGGCCUACCAUGAGCAGCUGUCAGUUACCGAGAUCACAAACGCCUGCUUCGAACCGGCCAAUCAGCUGGUCAAGUGUGAUCCUCGUCACGGCAAGUACAUGGCCUGCUGCAUGCUCUAUCGCGGAGACGUGGUGCCGAAAGACGUCAACACCGCCAUCGCCACCAUCAAGACAAAGAGGAGCAUCCAGUUCGUAGACUGGUGUCCAACAGGGUUCAAGGUCGGCAUCAACUACCAGCCGCCCACCGUCGUCCCGGGGGGUGACUUGGCCAAAGUCCAGCGCGCUGUGUGCAUGUUGAGCAACACGACCGCCAUUGCCGAGGCGUGGGCUCGUCUCGACCACAAGUUCGAUCUGAUGUACGCCAAGCGCGCCUUCGUUCACUGGUACGUCGGUGAAGGUAUGGAGGAGGGAGAGUUCUCGGAGGCUCGCGAGGAUCUGGCUGCCCUGGAGAAGGACUAUGAAGAGGUUGGUGUUGACUCGAUCGACGCAGAGGAAGAUGAGGGCGAGGAGUAUUAGAUCCUGGAGAAUGCAUUUCACGAGGUAUUCCUCAACAAUACCCCGUCUCAAUAUACAGUGUGGAGACCGUAAAAACAACGAAUAACAAAUUUCUAUUAUAUUUACUGACAAUAUAGGUAUAUUCCUAUUUGCUAUUCUGUUGAAAAUAAAAGAAAUAUGUUAUAUGUUUAA